GCGUGGUCGAACCAGCAAUGCACUUUUACCGCGGUAGCUUAUGCUUCUUCGCACUGAGCUCCCUCCACUCCACUCACUGGAACUGGAAGCUUACGAGUGUUCGUCCAAUGCCACGGCGUGCCGCUCUCGCCAUGAUGAACGUGGUGGCCAUCGGGCUCGUGCUCUCCACCCUGGCCGCGGCCGGCGUGUGGUCGCCGGCGCCGACGCCACCGCCGUCCACGGCCGGCGAGCACGUCGUCCGGGAGGGACGCCGCGUGGUCAUCGUCGAGUACGAGCGGGAGCACCCGCUGUACCCCGGCGACGCCGUGAAGGAGACGCACGUCCUGCCCCCUGACUCCCUCGACGGCGGCGAGGGCAGGCUCACGGACAAGGCCAGGGGCGCAGUCUCCGACGCGGCCGACAGGGUGGCCGACGCGGCGGAGGGCGGCAAGGAGAAGAUGUCCGACGCCAAGGAGAGCGCGACGGGGAAGGUGUUCGGCGCGGUGAAGCGGUGCAAGGACAGGCUCUGCGGCGCGGCCAGGGAGGCGGAGGAGGGCGCGAAGGACAAGGCGUCGGCAGGCGAGCACGGCGCGGAGGAGGCGGCGAGAGGUGCAGAGGAGGCGCUCUCGCAUGCUAAGGAGAUAGCUGAGGACAAGGUGUUCGACGCUGCGUCCAAAGUGAAGGAGACCGCCGUGGGAGCCAAGGACAAGGUCUCCGAAGCGGCGGGCAAAGCCAAGGAGAGGGCGUCUCACGUCCAGCACGGAGCAGCAGAGACCGUGAGGAAUGCCAAGGACAAGGUCUCUCACGCCGCGAGACAUGCCCGGGAGAGCGCUAGGGAGCGCGCCAUGGACGCCAAGGACAGGGUCUCCGACGUCGCCGAGAGAGCCGAGCAGUGCACGGAGGACGCCGCGGGGCGCGCGGCGCAGAAGGCGGCGCGGGCCGAGGAGGCCGUGAAGGCGAAGGCCGGCGAGGCGGCCAGCAACCUCUCCGACAUCGCGCGGAGGGCGCGCGACGUGGCGUCCGACGCCGCCGCGCACCUCCUCGGCGGCGGGCCCAGGGAGGCGGCGCGCACCGCGACGGCGGUGAUGCACCUGCUGGGGUUCGCCGCGGCGUACGGCGCGUCCCUGUGGGUGACGUUCGUGUCCAGCUACGUCCUCGCCGCGGCGCUGCCCCGGCAGCAGCUCGCCAUGGUGCAGAGCAAGCUGUUCCCGAUGUACUUCCGCGCCGUGGCGUACGGCGUCGGCCUCGCGCUCGCGGCGCACCUGCUCGGCCGCGAGCGCAGCUCCCUCGCCGCGCGCGCCCAGAGCGUCAACCUCCUCGCCGCGCUCGCCCUGGUCCUCGCCAACAUGCUGCUCCUGGAGCCAAAAGCCACCAAAGUGAUGUUCGAGAGGAUGAAGGUGGAGAAGGAGGAAGGCAGGGGGAGGGACAUGGCCGACAUCGUCGACCCGCCAACGGUCACCGUCGCGGCGGGCAACACGGCCACCACCACCACCGUUCCCACGGCGGCGGCGCGCAAGCCGGCAGGCAACAACAAUAUGGCGGCGAAGUCGGCGGCGGCGGCGGCGCCGGUGGACGAGCAGACGUCCAAGAGCCGGGUGGCGACGCUGAACCAGCGGCUCAAGAAGCUGAACGGCUACUCGUCUCUGUGCAACGUGCUGUGCCUGAUGGCGCUGACGUGGCACCUCGUGCACCUGGCACGUCGCCUCCAGAUAGCCAGCGUCUGCUAGGCUCAAAACUCUUCGUCGUCCGUGUCGUUUGCUGUGAAUCUGACAUGCUGUAGCUUCUUGUAGUUUUUACCGUUUUAGUUCAGGCAGUUGUCAUGGCGUCUGAUCUGUUCGUAUGUAUCAAUGUACUUGCUUAGGUAUAUUUCGUCGACGUAAAAACAGUAGCAUGUCGAUCUGCUGUUGUUUGUAGUUUCCUGCAGUGUUCUUGCAGGUUGGGAUGUAGCUCAAAACUGCUGCAUUUCGGACACGACGUCCGUUGUUGGCUUGUUUUAGCUGGGAUGAAUGUAACUGGAAACCCCUAAUCUGUUUUAUCACGCGCGAUCGAUCGUUGCAUCGACCGUUCAUCGA